AUGGGGCUCCUGAGCAGCAAGAGGCAAGUCAGCGGUGAGAGGGGGAAAGGCUGGAGCCCCGUGAAGGCCCAGGCCCAGAGCAAGGCUCCCCCGCCCCUGCCACCCCUGGUUGUCUUCAACCACCUUGCUCCUCCAUCUCCUAACCAGCUCCCAGAUCAAGAGGAACAUUUUGUGGUGGCCCUGUUUGAUUAUGUGGCAGUGAAUGACAGGGACUUGCAGGUGCUGAAGGGAGAGAAGCUCCAGGUUUUGAAGAGCACUGGAGACUGGUGGCUGGCCAGGUCACUCAUCACCGGAAGAGAAGGCUAUGUGCCCAGCAACUUUGUGGCCCCAGUGGAGACCCUGGAAGUAGAAAAAUGGUUCUUCAGGACCAUCAGCCGGAAGGAUGCUGAGAGGCAGCUGCUGGCUCCAAUGAACAAGGCUGGUGCCUUCCUCAUCAGAGAGAGUGAGAGCAAUAAAGGUGCCUUUUCCCUGUCUGUGAAGGAUGUCACCACCCAGGGGGAAACGGUCAAGCACUACAAGAUCCGCUCACUGGAUGACGGUGGCUAUUACAUCUCCCCUCGGAUCACCUUCCCCACCCUCCAGGCCCUGGUGCAGCACUAUUCCAAGAAAGGGGAUGGUUUGUGCCAGACGUUGACCCUGCCCUGUGUGAGCCCUGCCCCACAGAAUCCCUGGGCACAAGAUGAAUGGGAAAUUCCCAGGCAGUCUCUCAAGCUGGUCCGGAAACUUGGGUCUGGGCAGUUUGGAGAAGUCUGGAUGGGUUAUUACAAAAACAAUGUGAAGGUGGCCGUCAAGACCCUGAAGGAGGGAACUAUGUCUCCAGAAGCUUUCCUGGGCGAGGCCAAUGUGAUGAAAACCCUGCAGCAUGAGAGGCUGGUCCGUCUCUAUGCCGUGGUCACCAGAGAGCCCAUCUACAUUGUCACUGAGUACAUGGCCAGAGGAUGCUUGCUGGAUUUUCUGAAGACAGAUGAAGGUAGCAGAUUGUCCCUUCCAAGGCUGAUUGACAUGUCAGCCCAGAUCGCAGAAGGCAUGGCUUACCUCGAGCGCAUGAAUUCCAUCCACCGUGAUCUGCGGGCAGCCAACAUCUUGGUGUCUGAGACCUUGUGCUGCAAAAUCGCCGACUUCGGCUUGGCCAGGAUCAUCGACAGUGAAUACACUGCCCAAGAGGGGGCCAAGUUCCCCAUCAAGUGGACUGCCCCAGAGGCCAUCCACUUUGGCGUGUUCACCAUCAAGGCUGAUGUAUGGUCCUUCGGAGUCCUGCUGAUGGAGAUUAUCACAUAUGGCCGUGUUCCCUACCCAGGAAUGAGCAACCCUGAGGUCAUCCGCAGCCUAGAGCAUGGCUAUCGCAUGCCAUGUCCGGAGACAUGUCCACCGGAGUUGUACCAUGACAUCAUCACUGAGUGCUGGAGAGGCCGGCCAGAGGAGAGACCCACCUUCGAGUUUCUGCAGUCGGUGCUGGAGGACUUCUACACAGCCACGGAAGGCCAGUAUGAGCUGCAGCCCUAGCCACACAUGGUUCUACAGGGCUCCCUGCCCAAGCCUCCUACUGGACGCUUACUUUGGGUUAAUAUAUUCAUACCUGGCUCUUCUUCCGGACCAGACAGGCUUCAAAGUCAGGGUGGGGACAGCAUGUCUACUUUUCAGAUGAGGGAACCAGGAGACAAAGGCGGCCUCACAGUAGGGCACAGACUCUCAAAGCAGAGCCUUGGUUCACUCUUCACUGGCUGUGUGCCUUUGGGAAGUUACCUAGCCACUCUGUGUCUACUGUUCCUUGAAUGUAAAACAAGAAAGGAUUGUAUUAGAACUUACCUCCAGUUGUGUUCGGGCCUGGGAGGGUGCUGAGCACUGCUGAGUCUGAACUGUUAGUGAUGGACAGUGUGUGUAAGGCUGUUGGAACACAGAGGGUGGCUGAUGGCAGGCAGCCAGAGCUCCUACUUCUCUGGAGCCUCAACAGCAAGUGCCUCCCU